CGAAAAUCACACGACAUAUGUCUAGACAGUCCCAAAUAAAGCAGUAGAAAGCGCCAAACGCCUCCGAAUCAGUACCCCUUCCACUACUACUGCUCGUGCUCGAUCGGCCAACCAUGGCGUCGGGCUCCACCGAUCCCCUCCUCCCCCGCGCCGGCGCCGCACGCCGCCGCCCCGCCACCGGCGGCUGGAGGUCCGCGCUGUUCAUAAUCUGGGUGGAGGUGGCGGAGCGGUUCGCCUACUACGGCGUCUCGUCCAACCUGAUCAGCUACCUGACCGGCCCUUUCGGGGAGACCACCGCGGCGGCGGCGGCGGCCGUGAACGCGUGGUCCGGCGCCGCGUCGAUGCUGCCGCUGCUCGGCGCCGCCGUCGCCGACUCGUGGCUCGGCCGGUACCGCACCAUCGUCGCCUCCUCCGUGCUCUACAUCACGGGACUGGGCUUGCUAGCGUUGUCGUCCACGUUCUCGUCGCCUCAGAGCCAACAAUGCAGCUCCUCCGGCGAUGGCCGGCAAGUUUGCCGGUCUUCCUCCGUGCAGAGGGCCUUCUUCUACGUCUCUCUCUAUUUGGUGGCCAUCGCCCAGAGCGGCCACAAGCCGUGCGUCCAGGCGUUCGGCGCCGACCAGUUCGACGCGACGGACCCCGGCGAGUCGUCGUCGCGGAGCACCUUCUUCAACUGGUGGUACCUCGGGCUCUGCGCCAGCGCGACCGUCACGGCGGCGGUGAUGAGCUACGUGCAGGACAACGUCGGCUGGGGCCUCGGCUUCGGCGUGCCGGGCAUGGUGAUGCUGCUCGGGCUCCUGGUGUUCCUGCUCGGGACGAGGACGUACCGGUUCUACGACGGCGGCGGCUCCGGCGCGUUCUCCGGCGUCGGCGAGGCCGUCAGGGCGUGGAGGAAGAGCCGGCGGCGAGGAGAAGGCGGCGGCGGCGGCGGCGCCACGGUUGAGGCGGAGCACGGCGAGCUCGCGGAGGAGGUGAGGGGGAUGGCGAGGCUGUUCCCGAUAUGGGCGACGUGCCUGCUCUACGGCGUGCUGUUCGCGCAGCCGCCGACGCUGUUCACGAAGCAGGCGGCGACGCUGGACCGGAGGAUCGGGCCGUCGUCGUCGUUCCAGGUGCCACCCGCGGCGCUGCAGAGCUUCCUUGGCGUCAGCAUCAUCCCCUGCGUGCUGCUCUACGAGCACGUCCUGGUGCCCGCGGCGCGCAGGGCCACCGGCGUCGCCACCGGGAUCACCAUGCUGCAGCGGAUCGGCGCGGGCAUCGCGAUGUGCGCGGUGACGCUGCUGGUCGCCGCGCUCGUCGAGAUGAGGCGGCUGAGCGCGGCGAGGGACGCCGACCCCGGCGCGGCGGUGCCGAUGAGCCUGUGGUGGAUGGUGCCGCAGUACGUGCUGUUCGGCGCGGCGGACGUGUUCGCCAUGGUCGGGAUGCAGGAGUUCUUCUACGACCAGGUGCCCGGCGCGCUCAAGAGCCUCGGCCUCGCGCUCUACCUGAGCGUCCUCGGCGUCGGCAGCUUCAUCAGCAGCUUCCUCAUCUCGGCCAUCGACGUCGUCACGAGGAGGGACGGCGGCACCAGCUGGUUCGACGACGACCUCAACCGGGGACAUCUCGACUACUUCUACCUGCUUCUUGCCGCGCUCACCGUGCUGGAUCUUCUUGCUUACGUAUAUUUUUCGAUGUCUUAUAUUUACAGGAGAAAGGUUGUCGAUGUUCAAUGAUCCAUGGAUCGAUGCACGCAAUGCGCUUGUAUAGAUGUAUAUUAACCUGCUGAAUUCAGCAUGGUUAUAACAGUAUAAUGGCAAUGCCAGGGGUAAAAUAUUGGUGUAAAAUUCCCUCUUUACCUUUAUUUUCCUUCUAGUUACAAAUAAAGAAGUGAGAAUCGAAAUUCAUUGCCUGCA